UGCUCCUGUUGCAAUGGCUGAAACGGCACAAUCUGAGGCCGCAACCUCUGAAGAAGAGCCAGCUCUUCAGUCAACCCCCCUGAAGUCCAGAUUGGACAAGCAACAGUUCCAGAUCAUGCUCACCAGCCCAGCUGAUGCUGGUCCAAGCAAAAAGCCAUCGACUUCAGGAACAUACAUAGCCCUACCGGGAGACUGUCACAGUCAGAAAACCCUAGCUCAGAUGUUGCACCUGAGACCCUGGAUACCACCAUGACAUCCAUAGAGACACCUGUGGACAGAGAUGACAGCACAUUCCUUCCAUUGAGCAGUGAUGACACAUCUACAAGAUCAUCUUCCUCAGACAACAUUGCGGGAGCAGAAAGGAGAGGCGACUGGUCUGAGAGGAAAUGGAUUGUGAACGAGUCAUGCCUAAUGGAACUGUUUACAACUUGUCACACAUGCGGGAUAUCCAUUUGUGAGAAGAAGAUCACCAGCCGUGGAUCAAAAAUUACAAUAGAAUGGACAUGCAUCAAUCACCAUACGGGAGUGUGGCAGUCCUGUCCUGAUGUCCGUGGAAUACCUGAGAACAACCUGGUAUCCUCAGCAGCCAUUAUUUUCACAGGAACAACACAGAAUGAAAUUGAAGAGUGGGCAGAUCUUCUAAACUUACAACUGCCAAAGAAAACAUCAUACUAUUCACUGCAGUCCACCUAUAUGAUACCUGUUAUUCAAGAAGCCUACACCGAGAUGCAAGAGGAGAUUUUGUCAGAACUCAGGGAAACUGAAGCUGCUGGUGGACACACAGAUAUCUGUGGUGAUGCAAGAUCUGAUUCCCCGGGUUACAGUGCCAAGUACACCUGUUACAGCUUUAUGGAAGAUGCAACAAAGAAAGUCAUCAUGUCAGAUCUAAUUCAGGUAACUGAGGCUACCAGUUCAACAGCAAUGGAGCCUGUUGGUUUCCGGAGGGGCCUGGAUCGUCUGCUGGACUCCGGCGUUGGUGUUGACGUGGUUACUACUGACCGGGCUCCAUCAAUACGGAAGAUCAUGAUGCACACCUGA